UUUUUUUUUUAGGUAGGAUAUACUCAAGGUUGUAUUUUGGCUCUCGCGGACAUGUUUUAAUUUUCUUCAGCUUCACCUUGAGCUUGCAUAGGAGCAAUUCAUGGUCUUUUCCACAGUCAGUCCUUGGCAUUGUUGUGACUGAUGAUACUGAGCUUUUCAAUCAUCUCUUCCCACAGAUGUUGUCAGUUUGAUUCCUGUUUUCCAUUGGAGAGGUCCCUGUAUAUAGUCACCAUUUAUGUUUUUGAAAAAAGGUAUUUGCAAUGAUUAAAUCAUUUGUCUCGCAAAAUUCUAUCCUGUGAUCUCUGGUGUCAUUUCUGUCACCAAGGCCAUAUUUUCCCAAUAGCGAUCCUUCUUUCGUUUCCACCUUUCACGUUCUAAUCACCAGUAAUCAUCAGUGCAUCUUAAUUGCAUGUUUGAUCAACUGCACACUGGAGAAGUGGUAAAAAUCAUUACUUUCUUCGUCUUUGUCCUUAGUGAUUGGUACAUAAAUUUGAAAAUAGUUGUAUUAACUGGUCUUCCUUGUAGAUGUAUAGGUAUCAUCCUAUCAUUGACAGCACGGACUUCAGGAUAGAUCUUGAAAUGUUCUUAUCGGUGAUGAACAUGACACCAGUCUUCUUCAAUUUGUCAUUCCUGGCAUAGUAGACCAUAUGAUUGUCUGGUUCAAAAUGGCUAAUACCAGUCCAUUUUAGCUCACUAAUGCCUAGAAUAUCAAUGUUUAUGUGCUUCAUUUCCUUUUUGACAACUUCCAAUUUUCUUAGAUUCAUAUUUCAUACAUUCCACAUUCUGGUUACUAAUGGAUGUUGCAGUUGUUUCUUCUCAUUGUGAGUCAUGCCACAUCAGCAGAUGAAGGUCCUGAAACCUUGACUCUAUCCAUACUAUCCAACUAUACUUGGAGGAGGCAGCUUUUCCCCAGUUGUCUUUUGAGUGCAUUCCAACCAUAGGGGCUCAUCUUCCAGCACUAUAUCAGACAGUGUUCAGCUGCUAUUCAUAAGGUUUUCACUGGCUAAUUUUUUCAGAAGUAGACGGCAGGGUCCUUUUUCCUAGCCUGUCUUAGUCUGGAAACUCCACUGAAACCUAUCCACCAAGAGUGACCCUGCUGAUACUUGAAAUACCGGUGGCAUAGCUUUCAACACCAUAGCAACAUGUAAGCCACCACAGUAUGACAAAUUGACACACAUGUGGUGAAGGUUGAUUUAGGUGAUUUUUAAUUUUUAUGGAGUUGGUAGUUUUUUAGGAUAAAUACAUAGUAGCUGAAUUUUAUGAUACUGUCUCAUUUGGUACUUUUCAAUUUCAAAGAGCUAUUUCUGGUUAAAAACUAUGUAAGUGAAUUGCUAAAAAGAGAGAGAGACUUUUUUUGUCUUCAUUUUUUCUCAGCAUCAUUGUUUAAUUAAAACAUUAAAUCAUUGUUAAAAAGCAAAGAUGUCACUUUGAGGUCUAAGGUGUGCCUAACCCAAGCCAUGGUAUUUCCAAUUGCCCCAUAUGCAUUUAUUGACUAUGCAAAGACAUUUGACACUGUAGAUCAUAACAAAUUAUGGAUAACAUUGUGAAGAAUGGUGAUUCCAGAACACUUCAUUGUGCUCAUGAGGAACCUGUACAUAGAUCAAGAGGCAGUCAUUUGAACAGAAGAAGGGGAUACUGAAUGAUUAAAGUCAGGAAUAAUGUGCAUCCGGGUUGUAUCCUUUCACCAUACCUGUUCAGUCUGUAUGCUGAGCAAGUAAUCCAAGAAGCUGGACUAUAUGAAGAAGAAUGUGGCAUCAGGAUUGGAGGAAGAGUCAUUUACAGCCUGCGUUAUGCAGAUGGCACAACCUUGCUUGCUGAAAGUGAAGUGUACUUGAAGUACUUACUGAUGAAGAUCAGAGACCACAGCCUUCAGUAUGGAUUGCACUUCGUCAUAAAGAAAACAAAAAUCCUCACAACUGGACCAGUAAACAACAUGAUAAACUGAAAAGAUUAAAGUUGCUGAGGACGUCAUUUUACUUGGAUCCACCAUCAACACCCAUGGAACCUGAUGCAUUGGAUUGGGGAAAUUGGCUGCAAAACACCUCUUUAAAGUGUUGAAAAACAAAGAUGUCACUUUGAGGACUAAAGUGUGCCUGACCCAAGCCAUGGUGUUUUCAGUCGCCUUACUAAGUAUGCAAAAGCUGGACAAUGAAUAAGGAGGAUGGGAGAAAAAUUGAUGCCUUUGAAUUUUGGUGUUGGCAAAGAAUUUUGAAAAUACCAUGGACUGCCAAAAGAAGGAACAAAUAAAUCUGUCUUGGAAGAAGUACAACCAGAAUGCUUUUUAGAAGUAAGGAUGGCGAGACUUUAAGUAAGUCUCACAUAAUUUGGACAUGUUUAUCAGGGAAGAAUCAGUCCCUGGAGAAGGAUAUCAUGUUUGAUAAAGUAGAGGGUCAGUGAAAAAGAGGAAGACUGUCAACGAGAUGAAUUGACACAGUGGUUGCAACAGUGGGCUCAAGCAUAACGAUGAUUGUGAGGAUGGCGCAGGACUGGGUAGUGCUUUGUUCUGUUGUGCAUGGGAUCACUAUGAGUCAGAAACCACUUGACAGCACAUAAAAACAACAGCAAAAACAUAUGCAUGCAAAAGCUGAAUAAUGAAUAAGGAAGACUGAAGAAAAUUGAUGCCUUUGAAUUAUGGUGUUGGAGAAGAAUGUAGAAUAUACCACGGACUGCCAGAAUGAACAAAUCUGUUUUGGAAGCAGGACAGCUAGAAUCCUCCUUAGAAGUGACAUUGGCAAGAAUUUGUUUCGUGGACUUUGGACAUGUUAUCAGAAGGGACUAAUUCCUGGAGAAGAACAUCAUGGUUAGCAAAGGUGAGGGUUGGAGAAAAAGAGGAAGACCCUCAAUGAGAUGGAUUGACACAGUGGUUGCAACAGUGGGCUCAAACAGCAACAAUUUUGAUGGUGCAGGACUAGGCAGCGCUUCAUUUUGUUGUACACAGGGUCACUGUGAGUCAGAACUGGCUCGACAGCAUCUAAGAACAACAACGUUAUUUAUUGUCUAAUGGUCUACUUUUCUUGACCAGAGGAAAUUUACGUUAAAGAUAUAAAGCAAGAAAGUUUCCAGUUGAUUUCAUAAGGCAGUGAAACAUUUAGCGAGGGUCUAAUAUACCUAAUAUAUGUGAGACUAGUACCUGAAAUAGGAGAGAGAUAGUUUGUAGCAGGUUUUAUCAUCCACAUCAGGGAGUUUUCUGUAGUACAUAAGAACCUAGACUGUGGAGCCAGACUGCCUGGGUUUAAAUCCUGAAUCUACCACUGACUACGUGGCUUAAUCUGUUAGUUCCUCAUGUACCUGACUGAAUGGCUAUGAGGAAUGUAAGUGAGAUGCUUUAUGUAAAGUGCUAAAAACAGUGCCUAGCACGUGAGAGGCACUCAGAAAGUAUUAUGAUUUUAACCAUUAUCGUGAUUUUUUUAUUGUUAUAAGUAUAUAUAACAUUUGCAAAUUCAGCAUUUUUUCACAUAUAUGAUUCAGUGACACCAAUUACAUCAAUUAUGUUGUGUAAUCAUUACCAAUGUCUGUUGGCAAAUUCUCCAUCACCAUAAACAGAAGCUCAGUGCAUGGUUUCAUUUAGGAAAAAAAAAAAGGUAACAGUAGUAUGAUCUUUAUUUGAAAUGGAUGGGGAACCUCUGUAGUAGACAGUGUCAUUUUGCCUCAAAGUCUUAAAUUAAACCUGUCUAAUUGUUUGCAUUGCUUUGUGCUGUAUAAUUUUUUUUUUAAGAAUUAAAAAUUUUGUUUUCUUACUACCAUUUUAAUUCUAAUUCUUCAUUACAGAACGAAGCUAUUCUAAUUCAUCAUAGUAGAAGCAUUGGAAUUAUAUAAUAGCAUUUAUUGAGCCCCUACUGUUCUAAGCACAUUUCACGUGGUUAAAAUCAACCAAACCCAUUGCCAUCGAAUCAAUUCUGGCUCAUAGCGACCCUGUAAGGACAGAGUGGAACAGCCCUGGAGCAGUUGGUGCAGCUGGUGGAUACUGCUGACUUUUUGAUUUCCAUGAAGACAACUUACAAGGACCUGAAUGGCCUCAUUUUAGCUGCUUCAGAGUGUGUGGAGCUGUUGCUUGCUCCUUCAUUUCUCGUGCCUGGUGUGACAGUGGCCACUGAGCGCCAUGAAGGUUGUCCCAGAGAAGAAUGCUGUCCGGAUACUGUGGGGGCGAGAACGGGGCACUCGGGCUUUGGGAGCUCAGCGCCUUCUGCAGGAGCUGGUGGAAGAUAAAACCCGGUGGAUGAAAUGGGAGGGCAAGAGGGUAGAGCUUCCAGAUAGUCCACGAUCUACCUUCUUACUGGCCUUCAGCCCAGACAGGACUCUCUUGGCUUCCACCCACGUGAACCAUAAUAUCUAUAUUACGGAGGUGAAGACUGGCAAAUGUGUUCAUUCUCUGAUUGGACACCGUCGCACUCCAUGGUGUGUUACUUUUCAUCCCACCAUCUCAGGCCUUAUUGCUUCUGGCUGCCUAGAUGGGGAGGUUAGGAUUUGGGAUUUACAUGGUGGCAGUGAAAGCUGGUUCACGGAUAGCAACAAUGCCAUUGCCUCCCUGGCUUUCCACCCUACGGCUCAGCUCCUGCUGAUUGCCACCGCCAAUGAGAUCCACUUCUGGGAUUGGAGUCGACGGGAGCCCUUUGUUGUGGUCAAGACGGCUAGCGAGAUGGAACGAGUCCGUUUGGUGAGAUUUGAUCCCCUUGGACACUACUUACUCACAGCAAUUGUUAACCCUUCUAAUCAGCAGGGUGAUGACGAACCAGAGAUUCCCAUAGAUGGGACAGAAUUAUCCCACUACCGCCAGCGCGCCCUCCUGCAAUCACAGCCAGUUCGCCGGACACCUCUCCUCCAUAAUUUCCUGCACAUGCUGUCCUCCCGCUCCUCUGGCAUCCAGGUGGGAGAGCAAAGCACGGUGCAAGAUUCCGCCACCCCCUCACCCCCACCGCCUCCCCCUCAGUCCGCCACGGAGCGUCCCAGGACUUCCGCUUACAUCAGGCUCCGACAGCGGGUCAGUUACCCCACAGCUGAGUGCUGCCAGCACCUUGGGAUCCUGUGCCUUUGCAGCCGCUGCUCUGGCACUCGAGUUCCUUCCCUCUUGCCACACCAGGACAGUGUCCCCCCUGCUUCUGCCAGAGCUACUACCCCUUCCUUUUCUUUUGUACAGACCGAGCCCUUCCAUCCCCCGGAGCAGGCUUCGUCAACGCAGCAGGACCAGGGCCUCCUGAACCGGCCGUCUGCCUUCAGUACAGUCCAGAGCAGCACCGCCGGCAACACGCUCCGCAACCUCAGUCUGGGUCCUACCCGUCGCUCGUUGGGAGGCCCUCUGUCUAGCCACCCUUCUAGAUAUCACCGAGAAAUGGCUCCUGGGCUGACAGGAUCUGAGUGGACCCGGACAGUCCUCAGUCUGAACUCCCGCUCUGAGGCAGAAUCCAUGCCCCCGCCCAGAACCAGUGCCUCUUCAGUCAGUUUGUUGUCGGUGCUGAGACAGCAGGAAGGUGGCUCUCAGGCAUCAGUGUAUACUUCAGCCACAGAAGGGAGGGGUUUUCCAGCUUCGGGGUUGGCAGCUGAGUCAGAUGGAGGGAAUGGCUCCAGCCAAAACAACUCAGGCAGCAUUCGCCAUGAACUUCAAUGUGACCUGAGACGCUUCUUCUUGGAAUAUGACCGGCUUCAGGAGCUGGACCAGAGCCUGAGUGGGGAAGCUUCCCAGACCCAACAGGCCCAGGAAAUGCUCAACAAUAACAUUGAAUCUGAGAGACCAGGCCCCUCCCACCAGCCCACCCCUCACAGCAGUGAGAACAACUCCAAUCUGUCCCGUGGCCACCUGAACCGCUGUCGGGCCUGCCACAAUCUCCUGACCUUCAACAACGAUACCUUGCGCUGGGAAAGAACCACACCUAACUACUCCUCUGGUGAGGCCAGCUCCUCCUGGCAGGUCCCCAGUACCUUUGAGGGCGUGCCAUCAAGUGGCAGCCAGUUGCCACCUCUUGAGCGGACUGAGAGCCGAACGCCCAGCUCCAGCAGGCUGGAGUUGAGCAGCUCUGCUAGUCCGCAGGAAGAGAGGACUGUGGGGGUGGCCUUUAACCAGGAGAUAGGCCACUGGGAAAGAAUUUACACUCAGUCCAGCAGAUCUGGAACUGUAUCCCAGGAGGCCUUACAUCAGGAUAUGCCUGAGGAAACCUCGGAGGAAGAUUCACUCAGGAGGAGGCUGCUGGAGUCUUCCCUCAUUUCAUUAUCCCGUUAUGAUGGAGCAGGAUCCAGAGAGCACCCAAUUUACCCAGACCCAGCGAGAUUAUCUCCUGCUGCAUACUACGCCCAGAGGAUGAUCCAGUAUCUCUCGCGGAGAGACAGUAUUCGCCAGCGCUCCAUGCGCUACCAACAGAACCGUCUCCGUUCUUCCACCUCCUCCUCUUCCUCAGACAACCAGGGUCCAUCCGUAGAGGGAACCGACUUGGAGUUUGAGGACUUCGAGGACAAUGGUGACAGAUCCAGGCACCGAGCUCCCCGCAAUGCCCGGAUGUCUGCACCUUCACUUGGACGCUUUGUCCCCAGGCGUUUCUUGCUGCCUGAGUACUUGCCUUAUGCUGGGAUUUUUCAUGAACGUGGACAGCCUGGCUUGGCUACUCACUCUUCUGUUAACAGGGUCCUAGCAGGGGCAGUGAUUGGUGAUGGGCAGUCUGCGGUGGCCAGUAACAUUGCCAAUACCACUUACAGGCUCCAGUGGUGGGACUUCACUAAGUUUGACCUCCCAGAAAUCAGUAACGCCUCCGUGAAUGUGCUGGUGCAGAACUGCAAGAUCUACAAUGAUGCCAGCUGUGACAUUUCUGCAGAUGGCCAGCUUCUGGCAGCUUUCAUCCCUAGCAGUCAGAGGGGCUUUCCUGAUGAAGGCAUCCUGGCAGUGUACUCCCUGGCUCCCCAUAACCUGGGCGAAAUGCUCUACACCAAGCGAUUUGGUCCCAACGCCAUUUCAGUGAGCCUGUCCCCAAUGGGCCGAUAUGUAAUGGUGGGCUUGGCUUCCAGAAGGAUCCUGUUACACCCCUCCACAGAGCAUAUGGUGGCCCAGGUCUUCAGGCUGCAACAGGCCCAUGGUGGCGAGACCUCCAUGAGGAGAGUUUUCAACGUCCUUUACCCCAUGCCUGCCGACCAGCGGAGACAUGUCAGCAUCAACUCUGCCCGUUGGCUGCCGGAGCCGGGGCUCGGCCUGGCCUAUGGUACCAACAAAGGAGACCUGGUGAUCUGCCGACCAGAGGCCUUAAACACUGGGAUUGAGUACUACUGGGACCAGCUGAGUGAGACUGUCUUCACCGUCCACUCCAGCAGCCGGAGCAGUGAACGGCCUGGAACCAGCAGAGCAACCUGGAGGACGGACAGAGACAUGGGUCUGAUGAAUGCAAUUGGGCUACAGCCCCGGAACCCCACCACCUCAGUGACAUCUCAGGGCACCCAGACUCUGGCCCUUCAGCUGCAGAAUGCCGAAACACAAACCGAGAGGGAGGUACAGGAGCCAGGGGCGGCAGCCUCGGGUCCUGGUGAAGGUGAGGGCUCAGAGUAUGGUGCAGGUGGGGAAGAUGCCCUCAGCAGGAUCCAGAGGCUGAUGGCGGAGGGGGGCAUGACUGCUGUGGUGCAGCGAGAGCAGAGCACUACCAUGGCCUCCAUGGGCGGCUUCGGCAACAACAUCAUCGUCAGCCACCGCAUUCACCGGAGCUCCCAGACAGGUGCCGAGCCCGCUGCCGCCCGCGCCUCCUCGCCUCAGCCCUCCACCUCGCGGGGCCUGCUCCCCGAACCUGGACAACUGGCAGAACGUGGCCUAAGCCCCCGGACAGUCUCUUGGGACCAGCCUGGUACCUCUGGGCGGGAGCCACCCCCACCAGCACUGCCCCCUUCCUCCCCUGUCCCUAUCCCUGUCCCCCUUUCCAGCACUGAGGGACCAAUCCUGCACUGCAACCUGACCAGUAACAACUACCUUCCUGACGGCAGUGGCAGCAGCAGGGGGGAAACGGCAGCCCCCAGUGGGGAGCCUCGGAACAGGUAGAGACAGUGCGUGCCUGUCGCCUGCCCUGAACCGCUCGCUGAGCAGAGACUGGACCUCACAGCUGACUGGGAACUGUACAUGCUGAAGAGCUGCUGGUUGCAUCAGGGAGCAGAGGAGUAGGGUGGGGUAGGGGGGUUGAGAGGUGUCAGAGUCAGCGGGUGUGAGGCAGUCAAACGGGCAAGGCCUGCCUCGGGGGACUAGAACCUUCCAGGAUCUGGAGCCCAGGAGGGCCACAGUGCUGGGCUCAAUAUGAACUGUGGAGCAAGUGAGUAUUUGUCAUGAAUCUCCCUUUCUGCCAGGAACAGGGGCUCAGGGGCCCUCAGCCUUGGGCAGAGAGCCUCAGAAGGGUGGACAGUCUUCCAGAUCUGGGUAAUGGAAUCCUGGACAGAGGACAGUGGGGCAGCUUCACCUCGUCCACCUGCUGGAUAGGCGGAGCCACCAGGAGCCCAAGGACAGGAGGAGUGGCUGGCCUCCAGAAAGCACCUCCAUUUCUGAGCCUUCUAGAGCUCCAGCCUUUCUGUAUCAUCUCACCCCCCAGAGACCACAGUCUGGUUGGGCCGGGCUCCCAGGUUCCUGAGGACAGGGACUUCCUGCACUUACUACUAGGGGAUAACCAUGGGUGAGGUGUCAACCUGCUUUGCCUGCUACAGGAUAGGGUCAAGGGACAGUAGGCAGGCCCUCAGGAGUGGGGGGUGUAGGCUGGCCCACCCCCAGGCUUGUCCAUCCAGCCCCUCCCUUCCCCCAAGGGCCUCAGAGCAGCACCUGUGGGUGUCAGUAUUAGCUGAGCCUAGGCCAAAGCCAGCCUGAGGCUGGGGGAUGAGACUCCAGGUCAGAAUGUGAGGUCUUGGUCUGUGAUAUAAGGUGUUGCAUGUGGAAUUUUGAACUGUAUGUGUAGUUUCUAGUGGAGAAAAUCAAGGCUCUGAUUAUUUUGUUUUUAGUAUGAAAAUGUGAUUUCCUUUCUGUUUGUAACUCAUCAUAGAAAUAUUGUGGUGGGAGGAGAGGGGAUAGUCUGACUGCUAAUGAGGGAAACACCAAAGAUCUACAUCAUUAAAAUGAUGACAUGCCCCUCGCCCGGCUCAUUUCUUUGCUUCCACGGAGGAUGGUGGGAAAGGUGGCGAUGGGGUGGGGGGUGGCGUUGAAUCAAGUCACACCACACAGCUACUGUUUCCAGUGCUGUUGGCCUAGGCGAGGGGCCUUAUCUGACCCUCUGCCGGAGCCAGGCAGAUAGGGCUGCCGUCUGCAUCAUACCGUUUCUCAGGAUACCACUGCCUUCUGCUUCCCAGGGGCCUGCUGAGUAUUGGGGCAAUGUUUCAGUGGUAGGUGGGUAGGUAAGGGUAGAAGGUCACUCAUCCUGAUGACUUCCUACCUAGGUCUGCAGGCCUGGAGCAAACAGACUAUUCUGUGUCUGGCCCAAGAGCUGGAACUACCUGUAAUAGGGCUGGCCAGGCACCUCCCGAAAGACCCCAUAUACUGGCUGCUCAGGUCUCUCUUUGCUUUGUGUCCUCCAUAUGGUGGCUGUGGCCAUGGGCCUUGACCACGUCAAGUUUUAAGCCAAUAAGGAUGUGGGAGAAGGGUAUUUCCCCCAACUCGUAGAACUGUAAAGGAAAAUCAGAGCAACCCCAGGGCUUUUUGCCAGCAACACGUACUUCUUGACUAUCUCGUGUGUCCAACUCUACCUGAUGCUGUGGGGCAUGCAGAAUUAUAGAUUCUGCCCCAACAGAGACAAAACCAAAAAAUAAGGAAGUAAUACACAACAGUGAGAAUAGUUAUAUAGUUGGGAUUACUAGAAUUUUCUAGGGAAAUUAUACAACAGUGAACUCUGGGCUAGAAGACACAUCAACUAGAGUGUGAACCAUGUGCCAAGGACUCAAUGUGUACUAUCAGUUCUCGUCACAAAAGCCCCCUGAUGCGGGUACUAUUAUUACCUCCAGAUGACACAGCUAGGCAGUGGAGCCAGGGUUGGUACCUAGGUGGUGUGAUUCCAGAGCAUUCACUGAAGCCACUAUGAGCUUUUACAGGAGAGACUAAAUAUGUCAGAGAAAGGAUGGGACCCUGGCUUCUCUGUUGCUUUGGGGAGAAGGGUAUGAGGUGGCCUUGUGGACUGUUGCAAGGGUCCCCACCACCCACACACACUUCCCCUCUCAGAGCAUGUACUAUGGUUGUGCAAGGUGGAACAAAUGCGGGACCAACAUCUGUUUGUCACAUGAACCAACAGCCUGUUCCUUCUUCGAAAUGGGGACAAGAACAACAGCGCUUCUUACCUCAGUCAGAGGAACGGGAGAUCAGUCAUUCAUGCAAGGGACAUGGUUUCUCCCUCUAGCCCAGACAGCCAACUCCAGUCCUGAAGUCCUCAACUCUGAGCAGCCCCAGCCCUUGCCCUAGGAGUACUGGGAGAAGGAUUUCCACCUCCGCGUUCAACCCCCACGCCAAGGGCAGGAGCCCCGCGGCGCUGGGGCUGGAUCGCGUUCCUACCCUUCCCCUGGCAGCUCCGCAGCCUCUUACUGCCCUCCCGGCCUCCCCCAUUUCUUCCCGGUACAGCCCCCUGCCCAGCCCAUGGAGACAGUGGAGGAGAGGCAGGGCUUGAAAUUAUUCCAAGAGAAGAAACCAGCUGUCUUAAGUGUUUUCGCUCAGACAGUUUGGGGUUAACAGGCCUAGAAGCCAGAGUGCAGAGGGGAAGUCCGACCCCUGACUGGCGACAAAGCAGCUCAGGCCAAGGCAGAGGUGGAGCUCUCCGAGGUGC